AGUGUAAGACAGACAUCUGUGUGAGUGAGAAAUGGCCGAUUGAUUAGUGUUGGAAACAGAGUGACCGUCGUGGUUCGCUUCGUGUUCUAUUUUAAUAUAAUUAUUCCUGUUUUGGCAUAAUUAGGCAAAAGUAAGUGCAAUAGUGCGAAUUCAUGUGUAUUAACAUUGUGUUUUUAUAACAGUGAAGUAAAUUUUGUGUAGGUGUGAAUCAAGAAUUUGUUAACUACGAUUUCAUUUGAAGUUUAUUGUUGAAAUGUGAAAUAUCGCGAGCCAAUGCGGUGGGUUACCCUCAUUAGGACUGGCUGGUGCCUCAUGCUGAUAUCAAAUCGAUAGCCAGGGCUGCUAAUAACUCCGGCAGCUAUGCGACUGUGCCACGACGCGCAGCCGUCUCGCAGACGCAACCCUGAUGCCAAGUUAUUCACUCCACGUUUUACAUAAAUAGUGUAUAUUGAAAUAUUUGUGAUUCAUUUACAAGUGCGUUAUUUUAACACACAUGUGAAGUGUAGUGUUGGUGAUCGUGUUUUAUCUGGACUCCUCCGGUCGUAACCGAUUUCGGGUGGCUCGGUGGACCGCGGCCCGAUGUUGGCUGCGUCAUGGCGUUCAUGACGAAGAAGAAGCGAUACAAGUUCGGCGUGCAGUGCUGCCUCGAGGAGUUGACAGAGGUUCCGUUCGUUUCGGCGGUGCUGUUCGCCAAGGUCAGGCUGCUCGACGGCGGCAACUUCCAGGAGCACUCCAGCAGGGAGGAGGUGCGCAACCACGCGGUGCGGUGGAACGCCGAGUUCUCGUUUGUAUGCAAGAUGUGCGCCAACGCGAACACGGGCGUACUGGAGCCGGCCCUCAUGAGGGUCUCCGUGCGGAAGGAGUGCAAAGGUGGACGGUCGUACCAGAAGUUGGGAUUCUGCGACGUGAACCUGGCGGAGCUGGCGGGCGCGGGCGAGGCCACCAGGCGUUGUCUGCUGGAGGGGUACGACCCGCGCCGCCGCCAGGACAACUCAGUGCUGCGGCUGCGCAUCAAGAUGAACAUGAUCUCAGGGGACCCACUAUUUAAAGUGUACUGCCACGACUACAGUCCGGAGCGGAAGCAGGACGCGCUGGAGAACAAGGGCGGUGGUGACAGUGGCACAGAGAGCGCAGCCGGUGCGGACGACGCAGCCAAACUGAGGAGCCUCGAAGGUGUGCACUCGCAGCCGCUGCCGUCGCAGCUGUCGUGCGAGUUGCCGCUGACGGAUGGCGAGCUGGUGCUAUUGGGGACCGCCGCGCCCGACCACACAGCAGGAGCGCUGGUGUGCGCUGGCAGCGGCGGGCGGGCGGCGUGUCUCCAGCAGCAGCAGCAGCACACGCACUCCAGGAACUCCUCCAACACCUCCGGAGACAUGAGCAGCAAGGUGUCAGGGUACGGCAGCUCGGCGUCCGCGGCGUCCGCGCACUCGCGGCAGAGCUCCGAGGGCGAGUCCGCAGACGCAGGCCGACCGCACCACAACAGUAUACGUCUAGAGCGGACCACGACAACCACCACCACACUGUACGUCCCCACGCAGAAUAGCAAGCACGGCGGCCACGCGCGGCCGCUCACCAAACUGAUGCUGGAGAAGACCGUGGUCAGCGAAACGUCCGACGUGUACCUCACGCCCAACACCACGCUCACCGGCCCGCCAGACGUCAUCCCGCGCCACGCGCUGCACUCGCCGCCCUCGGAGGAGUACCGCACGCCAGACUCCACCAUCAUGGAGAACGGUCACGACCACUCGUUCGCGAUGCCAACUUACUUCGACAGCAAGAAGCGCGCCGCAGUCAGCGUGGUCGCGGCCGCCGUGCAGCCGCUCACCAACUUCCAAAUAUUCAAGCAGAAAUCCCUGAACACCAUCCCGGCGCUGCUCGAGAAGACCAAAAAGAACGAGGAGCUGUUCACGAACUUUCCGUUUUUAACGCCGCUCGCGCACCGCAAGAGCUCGCUCGUGUCGAACUCGAACAGGCUGUCCGGCUGCAUAGAGGACGAGUUCUACUGCGUGCCCUCGGAUCCGGAGGUGGACGCCGGCUCGGCGGAGCGCAUCGACGUGCGGCACAGGUUCAAGAGCCUCUCCAACCGGACCCUCAACGAGGAGAAGGUGUUCACGUCCACGCCCAAGGGGGGGGACGCGUACCCGGGGCCGGCGGGGGGGCUGCGGCACAGCUACACGGACCGCACCAGGAACCCGUCGUCGGGCUCCGUGUCGACGGCGUCGGCCUCCGAGGGCGGCUCGCUGGAGCGCCCGCGGCCCGCACUCGAGCGCCGCGCCCGGCCCGCGCCCCCGCCCGACGACGCCCAGCACGUGGUGUCUUGUCGCGUGGAGAACACGCGCGUGAACCCCGACUCCCUGAUCGACGAGUUGCUCGCAGCCACCGACCUCAAGCAGGCCGUCGAUGACUCCGCGGAGAGCUCGGGGCUGCAGCUGUACAUCGGGCGCGACGGAACCGCGGAGCUGGGCUCGCGGCCGCGGCAGCAGCUCGCCAGGAGAGACCUGCAGCGGGUCGUGCUGCACCCCCACGACAACAGGUACACGAGACAACACCCACCCGCCGACUGACACUACGACACCAGCUCGCCAGGAGAGACCUGCAGCGGGUCGUGCUGCACCCCCACGACAACAGGUACACGAGACAACACCCACCCGCCGACUGACACUACGACACCAGCUCGCCAGGAGAGACCUGCAGCGGGUCGUGCUGCACCCCCACGACAACAGGUACACGAGACAACACCCACCCGCCGACUGACACUACGACACCAGCUCGCCAGGAGAGACCUGCAGCGGGUCGUGCUGCACCCCCACGACAACAGGUACACGAGACAACACCCACCCGCCGACUGACACUACGACACCAGCUCGCCAGGAGAGACCUGCAGCGGGUCGUGCUGCACCCCCACGACAACAGGUACACGAGACAACACCCACCCGCCGACUGACACUACGACACCAGCUCGCCAGGAGAGACCUGCAGCGGGUCGUGCUGCACCCCCACGACAACAGGUAGCCACCGGCUUACGAGCGGCGCGAAGCGGACCGGCUUGCGGUAGCGGCCUGCGUCACCCUGCACACGUGACCGCUGCGUAACCGCUGCGUGGUCGCUGCGUUACCGCCGCGCGACCGCUGUUUGACCGCAGCGUGAUCGCUGCGUGGCGCCCGGCCGGAUAUCUAUUUAUUUUGUUAUACGUCUACGGGCGGACCGCUGUGAUGAUGCCGGGACAGUAUUAAUAUGAGAUUCGGUACUACCUGAGUAUAUACCUGAGCGGGGCGCGCGCCGCGCUCGCUGCUACUCAAGUGUCACUCGUGAACUCUGUAGUCUAUGGUAUGACCACGUGUGGCCAGUGCGGUGUGAAGUACAAUGUAAGGUAGCGAGCGCGCCGCCCGCCGCCGCGACUCGUAGCUUGUAUUACUCUCGGUCCCGCUGUGGAUGGCGAAACCAAGCAUAUUUAUUGUUUUUACAUUGAUAAUAUAAUUUAGGCCAUAAAUUAUUUUACAAUUUAUAACUUAAUAAUGUUGAACGAUUAUUAUUAAUAUUAAUAUCCAUAGAAAUUCUAUAAGAAUGGUUGUGUUCGUGCAAUCCGAGCGGUUUUAUAUGAUUUACAAUGUUUUUAUUAUUUUUUAUUGUAAGUAGGCAACUUUUGAAUUGUGUAACGAACGACGCGACGACUGAAUGUUCCUAUAUAUUGAUUGAAUUGCGUGUGUGCUUCCCCCGUUGUCGGCGGACGUGUGGACCGCCGCCCGACCGCGCGGUCGAGAUUCGCUUCCUGAAUUAGUAAACGUGACACUACGACGCUCGCAGCGCGUCGCACUCCGGUCACUAUUUCCAGUGUUCCUUGACAUGAAAUUUUAUCAUUUAGACUGUAUGACUACGCAUUACGAAGUGUAUGGGAUCAAAAUUUGGUUUAAUUUACGAAAUUAUUGAUGAAUGUUUCAGUAUAAAAUAUUAUAUCCGAUAUAACGUUGAAAUAAUGUAGUGAUGUCAUUUUGGUAUGAGUCCUGUGUUUAGGGGCCGUUCAAGUGUUACGUAAGCACUAUU